UGGCGGAGAAGGAGCGGAGCAGCGAUAUGAAACGCGCGUGUCCACGGCUCCUGCGUCUCCCGUUAUCUGUGACUGACCACCGGCUCGGUUUCACCUGUAUGAACGACCUUGUAAUUGUGACCGAAAUAUUUCCCAGCGAGGUUUCCAUGGAGGAUCAGUCUGCCUUUUUCUACGCGAGGACUGCGUCCUGGUCUCUAGAUAUUUCAGGAUAAGAGGUCAAGCUUCUCUCUCCCGGAGAACACAAGUGCCAUUUCAAAGCUUAUUGGAUGAAAGUCUCAUUUACCCUCAGCUGCCAAAGAUGACGUUGCCAUGGAAACAGCUUCUGCUAUUAUCAAUCAUCGAUUGUCUGACAGAUUGUCUGGACAGCGGCUCGUACCACGGUCCAAGAUGGAGAAUGGAGCCAGGUGAUUUGUUCAUUCCCGUUGACUCCAUAGAGGAAGAAGCCACCCUGACCUGCGAUGCGAAGGGAACGCCUCCUCCUCAGUACAGAUGGUCACUGAAUGGGACUCUCAUAAAUCUGGGCCUGGAUCGGCGGCGGCGUCUGUCUGGGGGCAACCUCAUUAUAAGCAGUCUGGACCGCUACCAGGAUGUCGGGAUGUACCAGUGUAUGGCCUACAACACAGUAGGAGCUAUCCUCAGCAGGAGAGCCAGUCUGCAGUUUGCUUACUUAGAUCAUUUCAAAGUUCACACCAGAAGCGCUGUGUCAGUCCGAGAGGGACAAGGAGUGGUGUUACUUUGUGGAACACCCACUUCCUCAGGAGACCUUACGUAUGCGUGGGUCUUCAAUGAAUACCCGUACUACGUUCAGCAAGACAAUCGGCGUUUCGUCUCCCAGCAGACGGGAAACCUUUACAUUUCCAAGGUGGAGUCCUCCGAUGUGGGGAACUACACUUGUGCGGUGGUGAACAGCGUGACGAAGGGCAAGGUUCAGAGCUCCCCCACGUCUCUGAUCCUCAGGACGGACGGAGUGAUGGGCGAGUACGAGCCGAAAAUAGAAGUUAAUUUCCCAGACAAUGUGCCCGCUGCAAAGGGAUCAACAGUUACGCUGGAGUGUUUCGCCCUUGGGAAUCCCGUCCCAGAAAUCACUUGGAGAAGGGCGAACGGCGUCCCCUUCCCCAGCAAAGUCAAAAUGAAGUACUCGAACGCCGUGCUGGAGAUCCCCAGUUUCCAACAGGACGACACUGGAGGAUACGAGUGCGUGGCUGAGAACAAGAUGGGAAAGAACACAGCCACUGGUCGGCUGGCUUUUUACGCCAAGCCUCAGUGGAUCCAGACCAUGAAGGACACGGCCUUGGCCAUAGAGGAGAGACUGUACUGGGAGUGUCGAGCCAACGGCAAGCCCAAGCCCUCUUACACAUGGCUGAAGAACGGCCAGCAGCUUCUCUCCGAGGACAGGAUCCGUGUGGAGGACGGAGUCCUGUCGGUGUCGGUGCUGACUCUGUCUGACGCCGGCAUGUACCAGUGUGUGGCCGAGAAUAAACACGGCGUCAUAUAUUUUGCUGCUGAACUAAUGGUUUUAGCCUCUCCUCCAGACUUCACGGGGAACGUCCUCAGAGCUUUGCUCAAAGCCAAGGCAGGAACCACGGUGACUUUAGAGUGUAAACCCCAGGCCUAUCCCAUCGCCAGCAUCUUGUGGAAGAAGGGGAACCUGCCGAUCCACACCAACGACAGGAUCACGCUUUCUCCAGAUGGGACGCUGCGUCUUGCCAACGUGAGCAAGUCUGACGCGGGCAGCUAUACAUGCUUCGCUCGGAAUAGAUUCGGGAUGUCAAGUACCACCGGAAGGCUCCUUGUUACCGAUCCAACCAGAAUCGUCCAGGGGCCCGUGGACAUGGAGAUCAUCGUGGGCGAGAGCAUCGUGCUGCCCUGCCAGGUCACCAGCGACCCCGUCCUUGAUGUGUCGUUCUCCUGGGCCUUCAACGGACAGCUCAUCGCCAGAGGGGACGGUCACUUUGAGCUGGUGGGCGGGAGAGCAGCAGGAGAUCUGAUGAUCAGGAACAUUCAGCUUUACCACGCUGGCAAAUAUAUCUGCGUGGUGGACACGGACGUGGAGAGCCUGUCAGCCGUGGCGGUAUUGAUUGUGAAAGGCUCCCCCAGCCCCCCCGACUCGGUGACGGUGGAGGAGGUGACAGACAGCACGGCUCAGCUGGCGUGGAGCCCCGGCAGAGACAACGGCAGCCCCAUCACCAAUUACCUCGUCCAGACCCGCACCCCGUUCACCGUGGGCUGGCAGAGGGUGAACACAGUCCCUGAGAUCAUUGAUGGGAACACCCUCACAGCCACCGUGGUUGACCUCAACGCCUGGGUGGAGUACGAAUUUCGUGUCUUGGCCAAAAACAGCGUUGGGGUGGGCGAGCCCAGCCCCGUGUCUGUGAAGACCCGGACCGAGGACGCCGUUCCAGAUGCAGCUCCAGGUGACGUGGGCGGCGGAGGUGGGAGCAGAUCUGAGCUGGUCAUCACGUGGGAGCCCGUUCCCGAGGAACUGCAGAAUGGUGAGAGCUUUGGCUACAUCAUCGCCUUCCGCGCCUUCGGGGAAGUCAGCUGGACCCACGUGGCCACCUCCGCGCCCGGCGCGUCGCGCUACGUCUACCGCAACGACAGCAUCGCGCCCUUCUCGCCGUUCCACGUCAAGGUCGGCACAUACAACAGCAAGGGGCAGGGGCCCUUCAGCCCGGUGGUCACCAUCUACAGCGCGGAGAUAGAGCCAAGUGGGAUGCCAGCGGGAGUUUGGGCCAGAAGUGUCUCAGCCUCUGAGAUUGAGGUGAAUUGGCAGGCGCUCUCCUUCACCCCUGAAAGGGUUCUGGGCUACGAGGUGGCUUACUGGGAGGACGACACUAAACCGGAGACAAUGGGCAAGGUGAGAGUGCCCUGGAACCAAACCUCGGUCACAGUCAGCGGCUUGGCAGGACACACGCAGUAUUUCCUAACAGUCAGCGCCUUCAACACAGCAGGCACCGGCCCGUUCCUGCCUGCAAUCAAUGUGACCACCAAGAAACCACCGCCAGCGCAGCCGCCGCUGAAUGUCGAGUGGACCCUAAUUGGCUCUCAGCUGUCUCUUUACUGGGAACCUGUGGUGGCGAUGGAAUCAGAGUCGGAAGUUACCGGCUAUCAACUGUCAUACAGGAGACAGCGACACAAAGAGGUAAACACACUCAUAACAACCAAUUCGACGGCGGAGCUGACCCUCCCCGAGGACGAGGACGACUACUACAUCAUCCGCAUCCAGAUAGUGAGCGAAGGCGGACUGGGCCCGCCCUCCGACCCCAUACGAGUCCACCAACUGAGUAUGAGCGCCCGUGGCUCCAGAGCCCGCAGUGUGGACAUCUCCCCCUUCUCCCUGGUCCUCACCAUCGCAAUAUCUACAUUCAGGUCAACGUUGUGACACAAUGAGAGACUCUGCUCUGUUUUUCAGCUUUUCAGUAUUUGGUAUUUUCCUUUCCGUUUGAUUUGUGAAAGUGCCCUUUUUUUUUUUUUUGGAUUUUCUGUCUCUGUCUCUCUUUUCUGGAGAUGGCCGCAUUUGCCGUGUUAUUUUUGCAAGUAUGACGUGGUGCAAGAGUGGAACAGUAAAUUGCAGG